AUGACCCCGUCGGCAACAUCAAGCACAACCCCGUCACCACAACCAAUUUCUGCGCCUUCCACUCAACCAACGCCCUUCCUAGCCCUGCCCCCAUCCUUUCCACCGAAUUCGGUCGAGCGUCUCGGUUACGACGGUGAACCUGAGGGUACCUUUCCUUGGCGCACUGCAAAGGUGAUUGCGACGACGAUGGCGACUGCGCUGGAAGUCUUUUGUGUUGGCAACGGGAUGAAAAUGACCUUGCUCUUGGGUGUAUCGGAGGUGACACCCAUUAUGCUAUUGCUGGUAUGGAGAGUACUCGGACGCUUGUGA